CCCGAGUUUAAUUCUUCCAUUUCGAGGUGAUUCGUUGCUCAAAUAUCUAUCGUUAGCGUUAAUUCGUAGAUUAGGAUCUUGUUUGUAUUAAUCUUGCGAUUGAUUGUGAAAUUGUGUGAAUUGAUUGUUGGGAUUAUUGAUUUGGAUGUUGAACUGGUUGGGGGUUUUGUAGGGGUUUGAUUCUCGGCCAGAUUCCGUAGGAGUGUCCCGGAUUGAAGUCAUUGAACGGGUGACAUUAACAAAUGGCGGUGAAUAUAUCUGCACCAGAAUCCACAUUCAAGAAAGCUAAAGCCAGCAGGCUUUCUGAGUAUUUCUCCGUCCACCUAAUUCCCAGAAAACGCAACUUCCCCCAAACUUCAAAUUCCGCAGUUCCUUAUGAUUUCUCCACCUUAAUCCAAUUCGUUUCCAGUUGAGAUCCGGUUGGAGAGGGGAGUGUUUGUUGUUUUUCAUUCUGGACAUGGACUCAAAAGUCGAAGAACAAGCACCAAAUGGAAAAACGGCUGGGAAGCCAAUUCGAUGCAGAGCUGCGGUGGCAAGGAAAGCUGGAGAGCCACUGGUGAUAGAGGAGAUCAUCGUGGCCCCUCCCCGUUCCCGUGAAGUUCGUAUUAAGAUCAUCUGCACUUCUCUAUGUCAUAGUGAUGUUACCUUCUGGAGACUACAACAAUAUCCCGGGUGUUUUCCAAGAAUCUUGGGUCAUGAAGCAUAUGGGGUUGUAGAGAGUGUGGGAGAAGAUGUUGAGGAGAUAACGGAAGGGGAUUCAGUAAUUCCAAUAUUUUUAACGGACUGCGCGGAAUGCUUGGACUGCAAAUCCAAGAAAAGCAAUCUAUGUGGGAAAUUACCAUUUAGGAUCUCUCCUUUUCUGCCAAGAGACGAAACAAGCCGAUUUACUGACCUCAAAGGAGAGACUAUACACCACUUUCUGUUUGUAUCAAGCUUCAGUGAGUACACUGUUGUUGACAUUGCUAAUGUCACAAAGAUUCCUCCUACCUUCCCACCAAACCGGGCAUGCCUCCUCAGUUGCGGAGUCUCAACGGGGUUAGGCGCUUCUAUAAAAACAGCAAACGUUGAACCAGGAUCAACUGUUGUUAUCUUUGGGUUGGGAGCGAUUGGAUUGGCGGUUGCAGAGGGAGCCAGACUUUGUGGUGCCAAAAGGAUUAUUGGCGUGGAUAUAAAUCCAGAAAAGUUCAAGAUUGGUAAAACAUUUGGGGUUACUGAUUUUGUAAACUCUUCGACAUGUGGGGAUAAACCAAUUAGCCAGGUGAUAUGCGAGAUGACGGAGGGUGGUGCAGACUAUUGCUUUGAAUGUGUGGGCAUGGCAACGUUGGUGCAGGAAGCAUAUGCCAGCUGCCGAAAGGGUUGGGGCAAGACAGUGGUGGUAGGAGUUGAUAAGCCAGGGGCACAAGUGUGCUUUAGCUCUUGUGAGGUUCUUCACAGUGGCAAAACCCUCAUGGGGUCCCUAUUCGGAGGUCUCAAACCCAAAUCCGACAUUUCCCUCCUUGCCAAGCGCUACACGGACGGGGAGUUACGUCUGGACGAAUUCGUGACUCACGAAAUGAGUUUUGAAGACAUCAACACGGCUUUUGAGUUGCUAGUGCAAGGGAAAAGCUUACGGUGUGUCAUUUGGAUGGACAAGUAAAGUGAUAUGCUCCCUCCAUAUUAUAUCACACAGUCUUCACUUCCUGCCAUUGCUCUAUUUAUGUGCUUUUUUGCUGAAUAAAUCUAUUUGUUGUAUAAAUAAAUAUCUAUGAAAUGAAGUGUACUACUAUAAAUAAGUAAAUUUAAAAAAACAAGAUAUUACAUAUAUUCAUAUCACGGUAUUGAUAGUCUUUAAUAG